GACCUGGAGGCUCGCCAGGCUAUGCAGGAACAGUUGGCCAGGAGCAAAGAACUGACGCAGAAACUCCAGGUGGCUUCCAGGAGUGAAGAGGAGGAGGGCGGUACAGAGGAAGAGGGUGACCUCCUUGUCCCUGAUGCGGUGAAUGAAGCACAGGUGACUGCAGAUGGACCGAACCCCUGGAUGGUCAAGAAUCAUUCCAGUGACACGAAAGAUGCCGAAAUCCAGGACACCGAACAACUUCCAGAGCCCAUGGCCGAUGAGGCUUCUGAAAGGGAGGAAGAAGAAAUAAAACCAGCCGCAGAGGAAGAAAUUUUGUUGAAAGAAUUUGAGGAAAGGCGAUCACUUAGGGAAAAGUCUAGGCUCAAUCAGGACAGGCUGGAGCCAAUGGGCAGACAAAAAACAAAAGAUUCUAGCAGCCAGGAGGUGCUGUCCGAAUUGAAGGCUGUAUCUCAGAAAUUCAACAAGGAAAACCAUCAGUCCAGGAAGCAAAAUGUGAGUUCAGCGAGGACAGUUCCGCCGAUCCAGAGAGAGGGACCUGCUGGGGAAGAGGAACCCCUGUUGCUGCAGAGGCCGGAGAGAGCAGAGAUACUGGAAGAGCUAGACGAGCUGGGCAAAGAAGGAUGCUUUCACAAUAAGGAGCUUCCCAGACCUGCUUUAGAAGGACAGACGUUGGAGAUGAACCCAGAUAAUCAGCCUGGUGCAGCCCAGGAGAAAAGGAAGGAGCAAAUGAUUGACCUACAGAACAUCCUAACCACAAACUCUCCCUCUGUGAAGUCUUUGGCAGUCCCCACAACAAUAGAGUUGGAAGAUGAACAGGAGAGAGAUCAAAAGCAAGUGAUAAAGGAAGCUUUUGCUGGGGAUGAUGUCAUCAGAGACUUCUUGAAAGAGAAGCGGGAAGCUGUGGAGGUGAGUAAGCCAGAGGACAUGGACCUGACUCUGCCCGGCUGGGGCGAGUGGGGUGGUGUGGGCCUGAAGCCCAGUGCCAAGAAGAGGCGCCGGUUUCUCAUUAAAGCCCCUGAAGGUCCUCCCAGAAAAGACAAGAAUUUGCCAAACGUGAUUAUCAACGAGAAGCGAAACAUCCAUGCAGCAGCUCACCAGGUGCGGGUCCUUCCAUAUCCAUUCACCCACCAUCAACAAUUUGAAAGGACCCUCCAGAUCCCUAUAGGAUCUACAUGGAAUACCCAGAAGGCCUUCCAAAAGCUGACUACGCCCAAGGUUGUCACCAAGCCAGGCCACAUUGUUAAGCCUAUAAAAGCAGAAGAUGUGGGCUACCGAUCUUCCUCAAGGUCCGACCUCUCUGUCAUACAGAGGAAUUCAAAACAACUCUCCAUAUGUCACAAAAAACAGUUGAAGAAAAACUCUAUAAAGAUUGAGUUGCUGAAGGAGUGACAUACUGGUGCCCAGAACCAGGAGCCCCAACUGCUCCUUCAUUGGCUCACUUUUACUCCAAGCUGCAGGAUCAAUUCCAAAACUGGCUUAGCACACGGUGGGUAUGGUUAAGCCACAUUUUAGAAAUAAAGCCUUUUAUCUAUUUUUU